CCCUAGGUAGCUUCAGUAGUAAUAAGUCUUCAUAAUUACAACUAUUAUAAUAUAUCUUUCUCAUGACCUGUCUACGAAGCGAGGCUCAAACAGGCCAGUAUAUCUUCACAGUCAUAGAUACAUACGCCCCUGGGUAUCCCAAUCAGUGAAGGUAACUUGAAACAGUCAAUUAUAGAAAUAGUCAAGCCAACCCCUUAUUACACCUCGAUGAUUGGAGGCUGCAAGACAUCAAUAAAUUGAAUACGAGGCAUACGGAAUAGAUAAAUAGACUAGUCAGCUGUCUGAAAACGAUACCCCGCCACAGCUUCUCACAACUCUCUUCAGGACCAAUUCGUCACCAUGAGUUAUAAACUAUUACCUCCUCGAUAUGAAGAAAAAAACUGGGUACAGGUACAGUCUAAGCCUGUACCAAGAGCAGACCCAUCGUUCGACGCUCAGGGCCUAUGGGAAGAAGCAUACUACCAGGCCCUGGAGGAUCGAUCCAUCAUGGAUAUUGCCAGUGCGUAUGAGGCAGCCAUUCGAUCGAAGAUCCUGUCCCGGCAUGAAGAUGGAAGCGGCUCUCUGGUACGCGAGAUCGCCAGUCUCGACUCGCUUGCCCGAGAGCAAUUAAUGACAGGAUUGGUGAAUCAAGACACAGUCGAAUCUAACCGCUCGAAAACAAUCGUCCGAAUUUCAAGCGUGUUUGAGAAUACCAACGCAAUCAUUAGUCCCAUUCUGAGUCUUUAUCCACCCGCUGCGAUCGUCUGGGCAGGAGUCUGUUUGCUCACAGCGCCUGUAAUCUCUCUCAACCUUCACCGUAACCUGACCCCAGCUGAUAUUUUUAGGUCUUCAACCAUGGCAAGGCACUCGCAGACAAUCGCCAAGGGCUGGAGUAUAUUAUCUCGCAACUGCCGUGGUAUAUCUACCUGAUCGAUCUUCUGAAACCAGACCAAGACCAAGAAUCCAGGAACCACAUCCGCAAAGCGAUCACCAAGGUUUACCGGCUCAUCAUAACGUACCAGCUUCUCACCUUCGAAUCUGGCCGUCAUCGAGUCCGUAAUUGGGCUAAAGAUGGAAUGAACC